CCUGGGCGGAAAGGGAAGCCGGGUCGCCAUGACAACCCGCCCGCCCCCCUGUCAUCGUCCCUGCAGGCGGAAGGUGGCGCUGCGGUCACUUCCGGUGCCAGGAUGGGACUCGCUCAGUCCGGAACGAUCGCACAUUCACCUUGUUUCCGGGUGGGACCUGGGUCCGCGGCACAACCGUCCCCACUAUUUCCGGUUCCUGGAGAAGGCGACACCUGGAGACCUACUGGGAGGCCAUAUGAAUACAUCCGUCUGUCCUGUACCAGCAGGAUGCACCCACGAUGCCAUCUUGCAGUUUCUGAGCAGUCUCCCCCGUGGCUUGGCUUUGGGGCCAUCUCUUUCACGACGGGAGGGCCUGGGACUAUGGUGGGUCGGAAAGACACUAGAAGCUGGAUCUCUCCUUCCAACUCAAAGUCAUAAAAGUGACAAUAGCCUGUCCAAAAGUGAGGAACGUUUGGCAUCAUUCCUAUCAGAAACUGAUGCUGGCUGGUUAAGGUUUGUGCGGAGAUGUACAAAGCGGGAGAAUGUGAGGGCUUGCCAGUACCAAGGGCAAGUUUAUCUAAAGGUGGUGACCUCUCUACAGCCUGGCUCAGAAUUACUGUUUCAGCAGGAAGUACAGGAGGCUUGUACUAUAAAUGGAGACGAUCUCCCUGGACCUGAGAAACUUCCUGUUCCACAUGACACGGAGGAGAACGCAGAGUCUGAAGAUCCUUCACAAACUGUAACAAUGGUUCUACCAAUUCUAACAGAGAGUGAAGAACCUCAAACAAACACCAGAGAGGGUCUUAUUAUUGAGGAUGCCAAACACCUAUUAACGAUACCUGAACCUGCAGUAUCUGCUGUGACCUUGCACUCAAAGGGAUCAAUGUCUGCAGAAAAAACAGGUGUUGAGAUCUUUGUGUCUGCAAUGACAGCAGAGCAAGAAGAGGUCAAACUCCGAAGUACUGUAGACCCAGAUAGCGGCAAGUUGUCCUCCAGUCUAGAUUGUGUCUGCAAAUUCCAAACAACUUCAGAUUCAAUACCACGUGAUCCAGUGCAAGCACCCAUUGCAGCAGACUCUUCAGAUAUCGACAGCUUGAGCAUUGUAAAGGAAGAUUCUCAAAGUUUGAAGCUCCAAGAUUCUGACAUCGAUCCCAGAACUGAGAUCAUAGGCAGCAAUUGUGACCAAGAGAACUUUGUAAAGGAAAACUGUGCCAGCAGAGCCAACUCUUCCAGCACAAAACGCAAACAGAGUUGUAACAGAGCAGAUACUGGUGAGGAAAGCCAAACGUCUGACCUUAAUGGAACAGUAGCGCAGAAAGAAACGGACAGACAAGGGCAGACACUUUUACAAGGAGAAACCGAAGAGACCUCUAGCAGCCAAGCUAAGGUUUCCAGGCAAGAGGUGGAGUCUGAGACAACUCCAGUGACUGAACGUAAAAAGAAAAAGUCCAAAACACAGACAGAACGUAGAUUUUGCUGCCAAGACUGUGGCAAACGUUUCUUCCAAUCGAGUCACCUUAAAAGGCACAGCUUCACACACAGCGGGCGUAAGCCGUACCAAUGCAUUGAGUGUGAUAAGACUUACAGCUCAGAGGAGAGCUUCAGGGCUCAUGUGUUAGCCCACAAGGGUCUACGUCCCUUCAAAUGUCUUCUUUGUGACAAAGCCUAUGGCACACAACGGGACCUAAAGGAGCACUCUGUUCUACACACUGGCCUUCGCCCUUUCCACUGUGAUGACUGUGGAAAGCGUUUUGCUCGCCGUCCCACCCUUCGCAUUCACCGCAAAAACUAUUGCAUACCAGCUGGAGGUAGUCUCCAACCACCUAUCCAGUGCAACUUGUGUGAUAAAGAGUUGGCCAACAGUCGCUCAUUGCGUAGUCACAUGCGUGUACACACAGGAGAAAAACCAUACCCCUGCCCAGACUGCGGCAGUUCUUUUCGACAUAAGGGCAAUCUGCGGAUUCACCAAAGACUGCAUACUGGGGAGAAACCGUACAAAUGCCAGUUUUGCGGAGACUCCUUCCCACAGCAGCCAGAACUAAAACGACACUUGAUCUUGCACACAGGAGAAAUGCACAUCUGCAAAAUUUGUGGCAAAGCACUUAAAGACCCUCAUACACUGCGUGCCCACGAACGUCUCCAUACCGGAGAACGCCCUUUCUUGUGCCAGUACUGUGGCAAAUCCUAUCCUAUUGCCACCAAGCUCAGGCGGCACUUGAAAUCUCACCUGGAGGAGAUGCCUUUCCGCUGCCAUUUGUGUGGGAUGGGUUACACCCUGCAACGUAGUCUUAAGAGACACCUCCGCAGUCACAAAGAUGUUGGACAAACCCCAACAGGAGAGGGUUCACCUGCAGCACCGGUGGAGGAGACCGAGGUGGAAUCUACUCUGGUUUUUGUACCGUUAUUGGGUUCUCAACCGGGUGCAGAAGAGCAAGCAGCGGUGUUAAUUGCUAAUUUCACAGAGAACGCAGAAUUUGGCUCCUCACAUGAAACGCAAACUCUUAUUCUACCCAUGGAUUCAGAAGUACUUGAGAUAUCUUCUGGGCUUGGACAAAAGAACAUCUUACUGCACAAGGAACCUGGCUCCAGGGUAUUGCUUGUAGAACAGGCUCUCGGGUUCAGUGCUGUGGCAGAAGUGGUAGAGGUGGAUUAAGUGAGGUGAUUACUGACGUUUGCGUCAUGUCGCCCUCCCGGUUCUCUGAUUCCAUCUCAAAUUCUGAUUGUUACAUAGAGACUUGCAUCCAUCAAGUUCAGCCUUCCUCACAUAUGUUUUUGUGUUCAUGCAGGGUGAUGACCAAUAGAUUAAAAAUGUCCUUGUCAGACAGGGGGAUCUUUAUUUCUUUCCAAAGCUUGUCUUAAAACAGAAUAAUAGUUUAACUAUUGUACUACAGUCUUUUUUUUUUUUUUUUUUAAAUAACUUUUAUAUAAAAGCCAUAGCUCAAAUCAAAAGAAAAUAGUUUGCCAUCAAUAUGUAUAUUUACAUAUUAGAAUGUAAUUUUAUUUAUUUAAAAACACAAAAACAAAGGGACACCAUACCUAUUGUCUGAAAAAUAAAAUUAUUUA